AUGCCUCGUAAAAAUCAACAAUCGAAUAAAGAGAAAAAAUCAGAACAAGUUGAUUCUUGUAAUAAAAAUUCACAAUCGAUUGAAUCGUCAAUUGUAACUAAAAUCACUUCUCACGUUGAAGAAAAACCUCAAAAUGAAAAAAAUGUUUGCCGAAAGGUAUCUGCAGUUUUUGAAAAUGUUCAAUUUGGUGAUAAUAAUUCUCUUCAGGAUGUAAAAGAACAAAAAAUUAACGAGUCUGGGAAAAGUGUUACGGAUGAACCUGUACAAAAGAAAACAAUUAUUAAGAGUACACUCUUUACUGAUAAACCUGAUGAAAAUCCGACAUCGAUAACAUCAAAAACAAAUAAAUUGUCUGAAAUUGUGAUUGUGAAACCGGAAGAAAAUUUUAUUAACAUGGAAAAAGAAAUCAGUAUGAAGCAACAACAACCGCCUGUCUUCACGAAAGAUUUACAAAAAUCAAAUGAAAUGAAAAAUCUCAACGAUGACGUCAAGUCGCCUGAAAAUGAUAAAAAAACAGGAAUAAGUCAAAAGGAAAAAGAAGAGUCCAAAACAGAGAACGUUUCAAAACCUUCAAAAGAAGAUCGAAAGGAAGACAAAGAUAAGGGAAAAAGUAACGACGAGAAAAAAAUAGAAGAUAAAAAUGAUGGGGAUUCAUCUAAAACAGUUCAACCGGAAAAAUCACCGGAUAAAAAACAAUCGAACGAUAAAAUAAAUAAGAAUAAAAAUGUUCCGAAGAAAGGUGAUGAUGAGUCUAAGAAAACGAGUCAAAAAAUUAAAGAAACCGAAAUCGAUAAAGUGAAACCUGAAAAUUCUGAAAAAGAAAAAACUCAUUCUCAAAAAGAUAUUUUGACGGAGAAGCUUGAGGAAAAACCCGAGGAAAAAACUGCGGAACAAAAAAUUGAAAAUGUCAAAACGAAUUCAAAAAUCGAAAAAAAAGAAAAAUCAGAACCUAAAUCUAAAAAUAAUAAUAUUCAAGAAGGUAAUAAUGAUGUCAAUCAGAUGCGUACAAAUCAUCCAGACCAUCAAGAAAAGGCUAAAACGAAAGGUAAAAAUGCCAAAAAAUCUACUUCCGAAGGAAAUGACAAGUUAAUACCUCCAGAAAAUAUUAAUCCGAAAGAUUCAGUUGCCGAGAUAACCACGUCAGACAGCGAUAAGGCAAAAGACAAAUCGGUAAAAAAUUUACCCAACGGUAAAAAGAAUUCAGAUAAAAAACAAGAUAAUGAUAACUCGGUGAAUGUUCAACAGGGUGAUAAAAAUAAAAAGUCUAAGAAAGAAAAUUCUCAAGGAUUAGCAGUGACUCAAAAUAUUGGAAAAGGUGAUGUGAAAGUAAACAAAGACGUAUCGAACAACGAAUUAAACGCAACAGAAAAUAAAAAACCGAGUGAACCCAAUAUGCCGUCGAUUGAAAAGAUGGAAACAACAAAAAAGAAAAAAGAAAAGAAAAAUAAAAUGCAAGAUGAUAAAUCUAAAUCAAAUGACGUGAUUGUAAAUAAUCUCUCACAGGUUAAACCGAAAGAGAAAAUAAAAAAUGAUUCUUCUGACAAAGGAGAUGAAAAUAAAAAAGGAAAUAAAAAUGAUUCAACUGAUAAGAAUAAAAAAGUGCCAGAAAUUAAAACCAGUGAAAAAAUUAAAAACGAACAAAAUAAAAUGAAUAACGUCGUGAGUUCUGAUAAUUCUCAAAAGGCUCGAUCUGAUAGCAAAAACGGUGAGCCGAUUAAAGAAGAACAAGGGGAAACUAAAAAAUCUAGAAGGCACAAGAAAAAACAAAGAAAACACUCUGAAUCAACCGUUACGGACGUUUCUACUGAAAAAACAGAAAACAUUAAGGAAAGCAACAAAAAAGAAGAAGUAACUAAACAACAAAAUGAGGAACCGCAAAAGAGUGAAAAAGACGCGACUCCAAAAGUUAUGAUCAAUGACAGCGUGAACCUAAUGCCUGAAAAUAAAAUUCCACAUGAGCGAACUACGUCACGUAAAAAGGAAAAGACAAGAGUCAAAAAUUCUGAUAUAAAAUCCAGCGGUUCCUUUUUAACCGUUAAUUACGGAACUGAAAAAUCAAGGUCGCGUUCCCGCUCAAGGUCUACCAAUAUAAUAAAAGUAUCCGUGAGGGGUGAUUUGAUUCCACAAGCGGAACUUGAUAAAAUCGAACAGAAAUCGGAAGAAAGAAAAUCGAAAGCAAUGAAAAAAGAAGAAGAAAAAAAGAAUAAAAAGAAAUUGAAAAAAUUACAGUCGGAAAAUGCGGUCAUCGAUGAUGUUAUAGUAGAAGAUGAAAAUGAUAAAAAGAAAAUUAUUCAAGAUGAUAAAACGUUGGAAAAAACAAAAUUAAAAAGCAAAGAAAAUAAAAUGGACGAAAAGAAACCGAAUAGUGAAAACGAUUUAAAAUCAACCGAAGGAAAAGGUUCUGAUAAAAAUAAAAAAGAACCGGAAAAAGAUGUUCCAAGUUUGACGAAAACAACGCAAGUAAAAGUUGAAACUGAUCAGAAAACCGAUAAUAAUAAUGAUAAAGUUAUCAUAAAAACGCUCGAGGAAAAUGAUUCUUCUAAGAAAAAGGAAACAAAUCAAUCGAAAAUCGAAACCCCAAUUCCUUCGAGUGACGCAAUUUUAAUAAAAACUAAUGAAAAAAAUAAGGGAAAAAAUGUUGGCGAGACAAUUGAUAAAAAUGAAAAGAAUGAUAAGGACGCACAAAAAUCAAACGUAAAAACAGAAAAGUCUGACAAAGACAAAACUAAAGAGUUAAAUUUGCAAAAAGAAGAAAUCACAACUGCUAAAUCUCCCUCUACCAUGCCAAAACAAGAAAAAAAUGAAUUAACAAAAAAGGUUGAUGAUAAAGAACAGGUCAAAGGUCAAAAUGUGGACAUUAAUAAACCUGAAAGUGGUGAAAAAGAUAAUUUGAGCGAAAGUAAAUUUGAUAAGGAUAAUACUCCGUCGAAAAUUAAAUCAGAACCGAGAUUUUCUACAGGAGAUGGAAAAUCCGAUAAUGUAAGUCAAGUAGGAGAAGGAAAACAAAAGGAACAGGAAAAUGAGAAAAACGAAACGAAAAAAUCUAAGAAAAAUAAAAAAGAAAAACAAAGUGAUAAUAAACCCACAGUAGAUGCAACACCUGCUGAAAAAGAAAAUAAUAAUUCGUUGGGAAAAAAUGAACCGAUCGAAUCUGGAGAAUUGGCGAAAAACGUUAUCGAUCCUCAAAAUGUUAAACCGUCGGAUAACCAAAAGGAAAAGAAAAUCAACAUCACAACAGAAUUAUUUAAAGAACAUGAAUCCGUUAAAUCCGAACAAGAGCGUCCUGCCACUACCGAAACUAAAGAUAAAAUUGUUGACCUCAACAAGGAUGUUGCUCCAGAAAAACUAAAAAAUAAAAGUCAAAAAGAUAAAUCUCACGAAAGUGUUUUGGAUUUUAUAUCAAAUGAAAAAGAAAAAAUAAUGAAAGAAAAUUUACCCGUUGCAAAAAGUAACGAAAAUGUAAUUACAAUGAAAUCAAAUGAAAAAGAAACGAAAAAGAACGAACGCCAUGAUGUAAAAUUAGAAAAGGAAAAAGAAAAAAUAAAUGAUGAGUCGAACAUGAGUAAAAAUGACAAGAGCGAAUUAUCGAAAUCAAAUGAAAAUGUGACAAGUACUGAUAAAAAAGAAAACGUUCCUGUUUCUGUUGAUAAGUCUGAUGAAACAAUUGGUAAAAAAUCAAAUUUAAAAGCAUCCGAUGAUAAGAACAAAGUUCGAGAACAUGAUGCCGAAAAAACAAAAACCGCUUCGGAAAAGAAAAAAGAAGCAGAAAAUAUAAAAACACCAGAAUUAGGUAAAAUUGAUAAAGUUGAUACAAGUGAAAAAAAACCGUUGAAAGAAAAAGAUGGUGGUGAUGAAACGCCGGGAAAAAAUCUCUCGGACGAAAAAGCAGAAAAAAUUAAUAAUGUUGUGCAAGAUAAGAAGGAAGAAAAGUCAGGAGAAAAAUCUCAUGUAGAACCUAAAAAGUUACCGUCGAAGGAAAAAGAACAAAAUUUACAUGAAUCAAUGGAGAAGAAUGAAAAACUUAAAAAAUCAUCAAAUAAUAAUAAUAAUAAAGAAGUAAAAUCGUCACCGGAAGUGACUACUGUAGAACCACAAAAGAAAUCGUUUAGCGAAGAAGAAAAAUUAUUGAAGGCAAAUGAAAAGAAUGAAAAACCGACGAAUGUAAUUCAAAAUACAAAACCGGAAAAAAUUCAGGAACAAAAAGAAAAAGUUUUGGAAUCUCCAAAACAAGAGAGUCAAUCAUUUAUAAAAUCAGAAAUAAACGAAAGAGAAAAAAUGGCGGAAAAUAACAAUAAAGAAGAAUUACCUGAAAAACAACCGGAUAAAAAACCUGAAAAAAUUCCGUCAGAAACAGUACCUGCAAAACAAUCGGAUAAAAAACCUGAGAAACUUCCGUCGGAAACAGUAUCUGAAAAACAAUCGGAUAAAAAACCUGAGAAACUUCCGUCGGAAACAGUACUUGAAAAACUUCCGUUGGAAACAGUACCUGAAAAACAAUCGGAUAAAAAACCUGAGAAACUUCCGUCGGAAACAGUACCUGCAAAACAAUCGGAUAAAAAACCUUCGAGUGAGAAUUUGGAAAAUGCAAAAGACAAAAAAGUAAAAUCACCGAAAAUCGAAUCGGACGAUAAAGUAGUACCACCAAAUUUAGUUGAAAAGUCUAACGUUCCUCCUCAAAAUAAUAAUGAUAAUAAGACAAUGAGUGAUAAGACAAUGGCGAAAGAAAUGAAACCUCUUGAUAAAGAUUCUAAAGAUUCUGAAGUGAUGAUUCCUGUCAAGAGCAUCGAGGAAAUAUCAAAAUCAGAUAAAGUAAAGGAUAAAAAACCUUCGGAUGAGCCGAAAAUCCCGAUUUCCGAUACUAAAAGUAAAAGUGACGUAAAAGAAGAAAAAGGGGAUGAUAAAAAUGACGAGAAGAAAGAUUUUUCAAAACUUCAUAAAAAUUCGUCUGCUGAAUUUUACGAAGAAUUAAAAGUUUCACCGGAAAUAAAAUGGACGCAAAGUGAAAAAGCAUUGACUGUUCGAAAUAUCGUUAAUAAAAUUAACAUAAUUAAAACCGAGGAAAAGGAUGGUAAACAACCACCGAAACCGGAUGCUAAAGAAAGUGGAGUUAUUUCUAAAAAAGUUUCAGAAAAAAUUAUCGAUUCCACUACGUCGGAAAAUAAUUUAACGAAAAGUUCCGAGACUGAAUUAGAUCAAGUGCAGCAGCAACAGGAUAAAAAAGAUGAAAAUUCCGGUGCGGUUGAUGAAAAGCCGGUCGGUUCUGUAGAACCGAUAGAAAGACGAAUUUCCGUUUCGGAAAUGAUAAAAAAAUUAGAAACGGAUAAAGGAAGUGGUAACGCUCAAGGUCAAGAAAAACCAGGGGAUGGUGAAAUUGCCGUCGAUGUUAUUUUUGGUUCCGUUAAGGAAAGACAUCGAGGUACGAGGAAAACAAUAGAUUUGAAACCUACCGACGGAGAUAAUUCUCAAAUGAAAAUUGAUGAUGCCGAUAUUGAAAAUCAAUUGAAAUCUAAUAAUUUAGAAUUUGAUUCGGAAUUAUAUUCAAAAAUUUGGCCCGAAUACGUAUUAUAUAAAGAUCAUGAAAGAAUAUGGGAGGAACGUAAAGCGUCGUCUGCUAAAACAAAAGACCAAAAACCAGAUGAUGAAGGAGGAAAAGAAAAAAUUGAACCGCCUUCAACUCCUCCCACAAAAACGCUACUCCCCAAUAAUGACACAAAAAAUUUAAAACCGUCGACCGUUGAAUUAAGUUUGGAAAAACCAAAAGUUCAACCGAUUCCAACUAUUGAGUUGUCAAGCGAUGCUCCUGUUAUUAAGGUCGAUGAAGUCUUUUUAGAAAAAACUGAGAAGGUAGAAGAAACGACGCAGCCGCUGUUGGAUGUACCAAAUCGUAGACGAGGACGAUCGCGUUCUCGAUCAAAAUCCAGAACGAAAAAUGAACAAAAUUCACUGUCGACAUUAGCGCCAGAUUCCCGAAGGAGUCGUUCUAGAUCGAGGUCACGAAGUGACAUUAUUAAAGUUUCCGCUCAACCUGAAAAAAAUGUUAAACAAAUGCAAAAUCCUGUAUCGAGCAGUUUAAAAAUAGAUAAUAAAACUCAGGAAAAUUUAAAACCUGAAAAUGUUGAUGAUAAGUUAAAAUUUUCCGAAGAUAAACCAUCAUUAGAGAAAGAGAUGAAAAAAUCAGAGAAAAAAACAAAUGAUAUCACUCAACCCAAAAACUCAGAGUCUGUUAGUAAAGAUACAAAGUCGAUGACACCGUUGCUGUCAGUGCAGCCUCCCGAAAAAGAAUCAAUCAAAGAUAAGGAAAAUUUAAAAGAAAAUGAUUCUCGAGGUUCCCGUGAAAAUGUUUCCGGUAAAAAAUGCGAUGAUGAAAAAUCUAAAAAAAUCUCACCCGUCGAACUUGACAAGAAAAAAAUUUCAUCCGAUAAAAAUGUUGAUGGUUCGAAUGUUGAAACAAAUGUGGCGAAGAAAGAAAAUGAUUCGUUGGUAUCAAAAAAUACCGGAAAUGAUUCUCCGAAAGCGGAAAAAGUCGAAUUACCGGUUUCGAAAGAACCUAAUAAACAAAAAGACUCCGAUUGUAAGAAAAGCGAAAAUGUUUUACAAGUCGUCACAUCGGGCAAACAACCGACUGACGACGCCAUUGAUAAAAAAUCAGAUGAUGUUCAUCAAGAUUUACAAUCGCCUCCUCGUAAGAAUCAACAUUGGGUGACUGCACUGUCUUCGAAUUUAAUUCUUGAUGAAAGUUUUUGGCCUAAUAAAUGGCAAUACGAUGAUGCAGAAAAUUAUCACAGAGUAUUACGAGAAAAGAAAAAACAAUCGGUCGAAGAAAAACGCGAUACGCCGAAAGAUUCAAACGUUCAAAAAUUUAGUCAUCCCCUUCCUGGAGGUUUAGGUUCUUGGUCUUCCGAAACAACGUACCUAUCGAAAAAUCCACAAUUAACAAACGUAUCAACACGAAAUGAUAAAUCGAAUUUGCUCGAUAAAAAAAAAAAAAAUAAACAAUUGUCAAGGGAAGAAGAGUUAAACGAUUCCGUUAAAUAUACACGAUUCAAAGAAACAUCGGAAGGGAGCACUCUUGCCACCGUUGCUAAGGUUGGAGCCGUGUGCAUAAUUGGAGCUUCUUUGUGGAUGGUUUUUGGCAAAUUAAGAACCGCUUUAUAA